AUGUCAGUCUCAGCCUACUGCUCGUUCUCAACUGACUACAGAAUCCUAAAUAAAGUUACUGCGGAAAAUUUUACCAGUUUGUCUCAGCAUAUUCUAAAUAUAAAUGUUGAAUCGCCUGAGGCCCUUGAUCUCAUUGUUCAACUGAUCUUUCAGAAAGCUGCCAAUGAACCGACUUUUACUUCACUUUACGCCGACUUUUGCCUGAUUUUGUCUGAAAAGGCACAACGUUGCGAAGAUGAAUUUACCAAGAGGGAUAAAAUUGACCCUUCGGACAGCAGUGCCAGAAGACGUUAUCUCGGAGGAGUGCGCUUUAUUGCAGAGCUUGGGCGCAAUGGCACAGUACCCGAAAAAGUCCUUCACGACUGUGUCAAGAUUUUGUUGUCCCGAAAGUCAAAAAUCAAACAACCUUCAGAACCCCAUGAUCCGUCAUCACAGUCUGCAGUGGGAUCUGAUGUCAGUAAAGGACAUUCGUUGGAAAGCGAUCGGUUGUCUCUGGACAUGGAAUGCUUGUGCCAAUUCCUGAAAGUUGUUGGCCAGCACAUGGACACAGAAAAGGCUCGUUAUUUGAUGGACCAGUACUUUGAGCGGAUGCGCUGCAUACUGGAGCGCGGGACGCCGGGUCAACAAAAUCGGCUGGGCGAUAUAAAGGCUGUGGAAACUUCAUCUCGUCCCUCGACUAAGGGGAAAUCUGCGGGAAACAAAUUUCUUCCUCUAGAUACGCGGAUUCGUUUCAUGAUGAAGGAUGUCAUAGAGCUCCGCCAAAACCUUUGGGUUCCGCGUUACACCGGACAGCAAACCGAGUCCACCAAACCCAAAUUUCUUUCUGAAAUUCGGAGGGAACUGGAAGCGAAAACGGGAACUGCCCUAGAGCCAUCACGCAGUGAGCGGUCUCCAGCCCACCGAGACGUGCCAGGUAGUGGUUAUCACCCUUCGGAUGGUAGUUCACCUCCUUUCGGCCUUACUGGACUCGCCUCGUCCAGAUCCAGCGAACUCUGGGGAACGAGUGCUGAGUCAGACUGGAUGAAGCUCAACCAACUGAGCAAAGCUCUGUGUUCUCAACGCAAAGAAUUAGAUUUGUUCGGCAGCUCGCCUCCCAACAACGGAAACUACGCCUAUUCAAAGGAGCGUUCGCGACAAUCUUUUAACAGCCGAAAUUCGAGGGCCGUUACUCCGAUCACCGGCACCGCUUCCCUUCUCUCGAACAAUUCCGGAGCUGUAGGCGGUAGUAGUAGUAGUUUUCGACGUGACAACGGUGAUGACUACCGAAAGGUAAUAAAUGGCGGAACCGGCGGUGCACGAGCUUUCAACGCCAGUCGAAUGAGUGAGGCGUUUGCUCGAUUCACUGGGCGUGAUUUUGAAACGGUCAGCAACGGCAGUAGUGCAAGCAGUGGUAGCAAUGGUGUUUGGACUCGUGGAAUCGUUCUCCGUGGCAAUUCCAACAAUCAAAUGACAGGCGACAGUGCCAUGCUGCCACGUUUUCAGCGACGGACUACCGGAGACCAGGUUCAUAAGCCGGAGCAAACGGGUGUGCCCGGCAUAUCUAGUUCGGGCUACUUUGAGGUGGGACAUUUGCCUGACUAUCUUUCCCCAAAGGCCGUAAGCGGUUCUCACAAAUCACCCAUUGACUCUUUUACCAAUUCCCUAAUGGGUCAGGGUGCCAGUUCAGGCUCAGAGGGCAGCAGCCCCUUGUACUUAGACCAAAAGGGCAAAUUCUCGGCCUGCCUUCUGGUCUCCGUCCUUUCCGAGAUACGCAACUCGAGCAGCGACCUCGGGACAACAGCUUCUGCCUCCGGGCUGAGCACUCGUCAGCUUGCAGACGAAGCCAAGCCCUCCCAGGCGUCUCUGCCGACCUCUCUGAACUCUGCCUGGCUGAAGGUCGUCCAGAGCCUGUCUUCGACUUCCAUCAAAACAUCUCUGGCCUUUUUUCAACUCUCGCAGAUGCUGGAGUCUGAUGCUAUGCCCGGGUCCUUCCUAUCCGCGUCCUACGUGGAAGAUGGCGAUUUUAUUCCGGUCUGCGGCGAGGGUCCGCUUUGUGAUGUCUUCAAGUAUUCCAAAGAGGAACGCAAGCGCUUUCUGACCGAACACUUCAAAAACAGCAAGAUUGACAUGGGAAAGAUGUUACCAGGCAGGACAUUCGAGGUGACCCCAAUUCUUGGCAGCCAGGCGCCGGAUCGCAUGCUUGCUGUACUGGAGGAACGUUCGUUGACGUUUCUGGUGCCUGGUCUCCAAGUGGCCGAGGAAUUGUCUCGUCUCCUCUUGUCAAAUCUUGACACGACUGUAGAUCGACCGGCCGAUGAAAAUGCCUCGCCUUUACAACCUCCAGCCCUCUCACCACAAUUUGCUGUCCGACUGGAAGCGUACAUCGAGGAAACAGAGGGCAACGUCACAGCGGACUUUGUACACAGCCUCAUGGCCACCGUAUUCGAGCGCAUUCUGCGACUCGGCGUUGGGAUAUUGGGUUUCCUUCUUCGUUGCUUCGUAAAUAUGUAUUACAUGGAUCUGGUUGACGAGGCCACUUUCUUAACGUGGAAGGAAGAAGUGGAUCAAAAUUACCCUGCUAAGGGUCAAGCCCUCUUCGAGGUAAUUCGGUGGUUAUUGUGGUUGGAAACGGCGGAAGAAGAGGAAGAGAACGAGGAAGCGGUGGACAAUGCUGAGUCAAGCGACCAGUCGAAGGAGAGGGAUGUGGAGUCCCCGCAACAGAAUGAGUCUACUAUGCCCAACGAAACAUCCACAAACCAAGGCAGCGUCAUGUUCCAACGUAUGGUGUCCGAUUUAAUAUUGCCCUUUCAAGUCUCCAUCGUCGCUAUUCGAGUUCGCGACCCAGCAGCUGCAUCAACCCAUGGACAAGAAGUGCAGAUGACUAAAAAGCGUCUUUGA